AUGCCGGAAGAAGGCCGUCCGGUUAGGGAGAACCUGUUGAAAAUAAUCACUUCAAGGAACCUUUCACAGAGGGGCAGCAGGACAUCCAGCAAGACACCAACUGAGAUGGGGGGCAGUGGAGAGGAGAAGGAGAGUGUGCAGGGGAGGUUUCACAGGAGACUGUCUCGUCUGGGGAGCAGAGGCUCUAUUAGAGAUCCACCCAGACCUCCACCCCAACCUGUCCAACCCUCAGCCACAUCUCCGCCCCUAGCCCCGGCCCCAGCUCCAGCCCCGGCCACAGUUGAAAGUCCCACUCCCCCAGCAGCGAAACCUCCAACCCCUACAGCCCCAGCCCCUAAACCCUUGGAGCUUCCCCCGAAACCCACUGAUAUAAGCCUGAAGCCAAGCCUCCCUCCAAGGCCUCUAACCAGGUGGUUCAGCAGCAAUGAGCAUGGCACCACAGUCCUACAGGGGUUUGAGUUGUUCCGUGGUGAUGAGACUCUGUGUGAUGUCAUCCUGGUGCCUGGGGACAGCAGUGACACCUUCCCCGUGCACAGAGUCAUUAUGGCCUCUGCCAGCAACUACUUCAAAGCCAUGUUCACUGGGGGUAUGAGAGAACAGGAUAUGAGGGAGAUUAAGCUCCAUGGGGUGAGUAAAACAGGUCUGAAGAACAUCAUAGAGUUCAUCUACACAUCCCGGCUGAGUCUGAGCAUGACCAACCUGCAGGACACUCUGGAGGCUGCCAACUUCCUCCAGGUCCUCCCCGUCCUCGGCUUCUGCAACAAGCUGCUCAGCACUGAGAUCACCAUUGAUAACUGUAUGGAGGUGGAGCGCAUCGCCGGGGACCUGCUCCUGGAGGAUGUACAGGCCCACAUUGGGAAGUUUGUAUGUCAGAACCUGUCAGCAUUGCUACAGUCUGGCCACUACCUGCAGCUCUCUCAGCCCAGCCUGGCCAACGCCCUGGCCAGCGACAGCCUCAAGGGCUUCUCUGAGAUGGAGCUGUACCGCAUCGCCCGCUCCUGGCUGGACCACGACCCCCCCACUCGCCGCUCCGCCGCCUACUCCCUGAUGAGCCAGGUCCGCUUCCCCCUCAUGACCCCCACUGAGCUGCUCGAGAUCUCCCAGGAGGAUGAGGGGCACGAUGAUGGCGGAGCGGCCAUGAUGCGCUCGGACACGGCCUGCGUCAACCUCCUGCUAGAGGCCAGCAACUACCAGAUGAUGCCCUUCCUCCAGCCUUCCUUACAGACGGAGCGCACACGCAUCCGGUCGGACGCCAAACACCUGCUGGCGCUGGGCGGGGUGAUGAAGCAGCAGCUGGUGGUGAGCAGGGAGCUGAGACUGUAUGAUGAGGAGAUCGGCCAUUGGAGGGCGCUGAGGCCUAUGGAGGUUCCCCGCUACCAGCACGGCGUUGCCCUGCUCGGGGGCUUUCUCUACAUCGUAGGCGGCCAGAGCACCUACGACACCAAGGGCAAGACGGCGGUGGACAGCGCCUACCUCUACGACCCGCGCUUCGACCGGUGGUUGCAGGUGGCCUCGCUCAAUGAGAAGAGAACCUUCUUCCACCUGAGCACCCUGAAAGGGAAGCUGUAUGCUGUUGGGGGCCGGAACGCCUCAGGAGAGAUUGACACCAUGGAGUGCUACAACCUUAGAAGAAAUGAGUGGACAUUCGUGUCUCCCAUGGUCGACCCCCACUACGGGCAUGCUGGGACAGUCCAUGGUGACCUGAUGUAUGUCUCAGGCGGAAUCACAGGGGACACGUUCCAGAAGGAGCUGUUGUGUUAUGACCCUGAGACUGACGCAUGGAGUCGCCGUGCCGACAUGAUGGAACUGCGUGGCCUACACUGCAUGUGCACAGUGGGCGAUCGGCUCUAUGUGAUGGGAGGGAACCACUUCCGGGGCAGCAGCGACUAUGAUGACGUACUUAACUGUGAAUUCUACAGCCCUGAGGUGGACCAGUGGACGGUGGUGGCGGCCAUGCCACGAGGCCAGAGUGAUGUAGGGGUGGCCGUGCUUCAGGGCCAGAUCUACGUGGUUGGGGGCUACUCCUGGAACAGCCGCUGCAUGGUGGACAUCGUGCAGCGCUACGACCCAGAGAAGGACGAGUGGGACCGGGUGUUCAAUGUGCUGGAACCCCUGGGCGGCAUCCGGGCCUGCACCAUGACUGUGCAUCUGCCUGAGGGUGCCGUGGACGACGGCCAGAUGCAGGAGUGCCCGCUGGACACUGCCAAGAACUGAAAGCUGAGAUCAAGAACAUAUAGAUUUAGCUUCUCUGUGUUUGAGAUGCUGGAAAGUGUGACUUUUUUGUGGGAGAAGUGGAAAAUGUGCAGUAGAAUCUCUCGAAUAGGUCCCACAAGGGGUUGGAACUGGUUCAGGAAACACAACAGAAAACCGGAAAAUAACAAAACAUUUCAAAGAACAGAAUUGGAACCGGGAAUGAAAGUGAUCCAUACUGUUCCGGAACUGAACCGUUAUUUUUUUAAAUGCAUGGCAACCGGUUAAUAACGUUAUUUUACUUUCCUGGCAUUUUUUUUUUUUGUCCCACAAAAAAAUGCAACAAAGUAUCUAUGGAAAGCCCUCACUCUGCCGCUCUACACACACGAGUUUGUUAUCUAACUAGCUCAAGCUUGUUAGCAAGCUAGCUCAAAGGACAGUCAGUUUCUCCAUACAAGCCGCUACUCAUAGGUAUAAUUCUGUGGACCUAAUUCAGAUAAUGCAUGUCAUAACAAGAUGCCCAGAUCUUCAAGCCUCCUCCUCAACCCUCUCUCCCCACCAGUAAAAUAUCAGUUGCAUCUUCCGUUAUAGGCUACAUUUCUGUCCAUCACGCAUGUAAACAACUAGUUUGCCUGUUCUAUCCACACUGAUUGGUGAAGUAAUUUAAUGAGCUAAAUGUAAAAAAAAAAAACGGUUGAUUUCACAGGUUAAAAAAGAAACAGGGGCACUGCAUUGCAGUGCUAGCUGUGCCACCAGAGACUCUGGGUUCGAGCCCAGGCUCUGUCGCAGCCGGCCGCAACCUGGAGGUCCAUGGGGCGAUACACAAUUGGCCUAGCGUCGUCCGCGCUAGGGAGGGUUUGGCCAGUAGGGAUAUCCUUGUCCCAUCGCGCACUAGAAACUCCUGUGGCGGGCCGUGCGCAGUGCACGCUAGCCAGGUCGCCAGGUGCACGGUGUUUCCUCCGACACAUUGGUGAGACUGGCUUCCGGGUUGGAUGCGCGCUGUGUUAAGAAGCAGUGCGGCUUGGUUGGGUUGUGUUUUGGAGGACCCAUGGCUUUCGACCUUCGUCUCUCCCGAGCCCGUACGGGGGUUGUAGCGAUGAGACAAGAUCUUAACUACUAACAAUUGUAUACCACGAAAAUUGGAGAGAAAAGGGGG